CUCACUAUUUUCCCUUCCCCGGCCAGCGCAGCGCCUACACACCUCGUCGUCGUCUUCGGCUCGAAGCAUCCAAGUCAAACCCCAAUCAACCAACCGAUCGAUCGAGCCAGCCAUGGGAGGAGGCCACGACCAGGACCCGGAGGCCGGCAAGGCAGCGCCGCCGGGCCACUCCACCUCCGGCCCGCUCCCGCCGUCGGCGCCGCCGCACCUGCAGGGCCAGGACCCGGCCCAGUACCAGUACGGCACCUUCCAGCCGCCCGUCGGGUACCCCCAGCCCGCGCCGCCCCCCGGCUUCGGCGGCGGCUACCACCAGCAGCACCAGCCUUACGCGCCUGCGGAGACCUACUACGCCCAGGGGUACCAGACCGCGCCAGGGUAUGGUCCUGUUGCUGAAGGAAGACCCAUAGUUGAAGGAAGACUCAUGAGAAGGCGGCGCCUUCCAUGCUGUGGACUCGGCAUGGGAUGGCUUCUGUUCAUUGCUGGGUUCUUCCUUGCUGCCAUUCCAUGGUAUAUUGGAGCUUUCGUUCUAAUCUGUGUCCGUGUACAUGACUACAGAGAGAAACCAGGAUAUGUUGCCUGCACUGUUGCUGCUGUAAUUGCAGCGAUUGUUAUACCCCUUGGAGUAACAAAAGGAACACAUGAUUGGUGAGCUGCCAGCGAGCCUUGGGAGGGACUGUUACUGAAUACAAAUGAUCGUUUCUGUUAAGUUUAUAGACACUGUUGGUUGUAUUGCAUGUAUGUGUAUAUGUAAUAUGUUUAAAGUAAAAGUGUAGAGCGACGCCGAUGUCAUCCUGUAUCAAUAUUUCUACCCUGUAAUAAAGCAAGUAUACGACAUAUUUCAUGACAGGCCAUACCAGAGGGUACCUUUAUGUUAAAUUCAGCACUCUCUGUUUAUGAA